GAGACAAAACAGGUAAGUUCUAAUCCUUGUUUUUUUUUUAUCUAGCUUUAUGGAUAAGUAUAGUGCUAAGAUUGUAGGCUGCUCCACUGCUGGUGGAGGUAUGGCUGAAGGCUUAACAUUACUUUAGAAUAAUUGUAAUUUUGAUUUGGAAAUAAAAAGUUAUGAUUCAAACUAUAUUGAUUUGCUUAUCAAUUAUAAUAACAUGAUUUGGCGGGCUAGUGUUAUCUAUGGGUACUAAAACCAACUCCAAAAAUUUCAAACUUGCAAGCUAAUUAAUGAUUUAUAAGAAAAUGAUGCUAAUCCUAAUUGGUUAAUUUUUGGAGAUUUUAAUAUCAUUUUAUCUUCUGCUGAAAAAGAGGGGGGGUGGCCCUAUGGAUUACAGUAUAAUAUAACUAAUAGCUUUAGAAAUACAAUUGAUUUGUGCAAUUUAAUUGAUCUUGGUUUUAACGGAAAUAUUUUUACUUGGCAUAAUAGGCAACAAGGGAAUCACUGUAGUCAAGUUAGGCUUGAUAGGUUCCUUGCUACCUCAAACUGGUUGUCUAUGUUACCUCAUUUUAAUAAUUUGCACCUUCUUAGAUAUAGCUCUGACCACUGCCCGAUUUUGCUAGAUUUCUCUCCAAAUAACAUCUGUAGGAAAAACAAGGGUCCUAUGUGUGUAGGAAGUUUGAACAAAUUUGGCUUAGAGACGAAGAAUACUACCAGAUUGUCCAAGACACAUGGAAGAAUCAACACACCAAUAUUACCCGCAGACUUAGUCACACCCUUGCUAAUUUGCACAAUUGGGGAAAACCAAAAUUCGGAGAAAUUCCUACUAAGAGGAUUAAACAAACCCAAGCAGACCUGCAUGCCAUUAACAAUCAAAACACUUUUCCAUGUUGAAACUAAAGAUUAUUUUAAUGAUUCUUAUUAUAAUAAACAAACAAAAAAUAAAGUCUACUCCUAUAAAAUCUCUAAAAAUUAAUCUCUAAAUUAUUUUAUUUCAAAAUUACUAUUUUUUUUUUAAUUUAUAACAAACGGAAUUAAUCACUUCUCACACUUUAUCUCUUUCUCAAUUCAGGGUUCGUUUGUUACAAAUUAAAAAAUUAGUGAUUUUGACUUUCAAUAAUUUAGAGAUUUUAUAAAAAUGUAAAAUUUAUUCUGUGUUUGUUUAUUAUAAAAGUAAUUAAAGGAGUAAAAGAUUAAUUUUUUUAAUAAGUGUAAAAGAGUAGUAAUUAAGCAUUCUUUUUCUGUAAAAAAAAACCUUCUUUUUUUUUUGAGUAAAAGUAAUUAAGCCUUCUUUUUUUUUUUGUAAUUAUUAAACCUUUUUUUUUUUGUAAUAAUAAGCCUUCUUUAUUUUGAAACAAUAAUUUUAUAAUUUUUAUUUGAUAAAAAUAAAUAAAAAUAAACUAGUCUGUUUCGAACUGCGCUGUGACGACUAUCAAAGCAUCAGUGUUCAAUUCAAUUCAACUCUAACCUUCCGACUUCACUGAUGACCGGAAACUCUUUACCGCCGGUGAAGCUCACCGACAGUGGCCGACCAGUUCUGUUACCGAACGAGAUCGAGUGCUUCUUCCUCUCCGGCGUAGACCUUCUCUGCGAAGAUGAACCCAACACAUGGUUCCCUCACCUAAAAUCCGGCCUCCUCAUCCUCACAACGCACCGUCUCCUUUGGAUUCCAGACGCCGCCGUUGAUGCCUCUACCUCCGCCUCUUCCGUCCCCCUUGCUUCGAUCUCCCACAUUUUCCCCCACAAGAAGUCCCUAAAAUCGGUAUUCGCCUCUCCAAGGGUUCGUUUCCAGGUAUCGCCAUCGCCGGAGCGUGGAGUUGCUACGGCGGGAUCGAGAUCGGUAGUUGUGACCGUUGUGGUAAGGGGAAAAGGGGAUUGUGAUGCUUUUGUGGCGAAGUUUUGGGAGAAUUGGAGAGCCAGAGCGUGGGAGGAGUCAGAGAAGGCUAUGAGUUCGAGCUCGAAUGUGGCGGCUGUGGCAGGUUCUUCGUCGAGUGGGAUUUAUUCGAGUGAUGGGACGGUGCGGAUGGUGGGAGUUUCGGGGAUAUUGAGGAAAGAACAGGAAAUGUGGGAGAGUACUGAUAAGAGUUUGCAAGAUGCUUUUCAGGAUUUGAAUGCUCUUAUGAGCAAGGCUAAAGAGAUGGUGAUGCUAGCGGAAAAAAUGAGGCAAAAACUUUUGUCAGGCUCAAAUUCUCAAACAAAUACAACUAAUGAUGAGGAGAUGGGUUCAAAGGAAGAGAUGCAAGAAUUGUUAUUGAGUGUUGGUAUAAUAUCCCCCGUUACAAAAGAGUCUGCGGGUGCUUUGUAUCAUCAACAGUUAUCUCGCCAGUUGGCAGAUUUUGUUAAAGUUCCACUAGAUAGAGCUGGAGGAAUUAUCAAUUUAAUUGACAUUUAUUGUCUCUUCAAUCGUGCUCGUGGGACAGAGUUGAUCUCACCCGAUGAUUUGUUGCAAGCAUGCUCUCUGUGGGAAAAGUUUGAUGUCCCAAUUGUUCUGCGGAAGUUUGAUAGUGGUGUCAUGGUAAUACAAAAUAAGUCCCACAGUGAUGAGGAGGUUUUCACUAAAAUUAAGGUGCUUGUUAUGAAGCCUGAUGCUCUUCGAUCUGGGAUAAGUCCUAGUGAUGCUGCAAUGACACUAGGAGUUGCCCCAGCAAUGGCGAAGGAACAUCUCUUGUCUGCUGAGAGCAAGGGUAUACUUUGCAGAGAUGUAAGCCCUGAUGGAUUUCGAUUUUAUAUUAACUUGUUCUCAGAAAUUGAUCGAGAUGAUAUGCAUUUAGUGAAAGAUCAUGGGAUUUAUGCCUCAUGGAUAAGAGCAACCCCUGCCCAUGGUUAGAGCGGCAAGCUUGCUCAAUUCAAGGUAUAUUGGACAAAUUGAGUGCGUAAAACUGGCCUGACUUAGUAGUUUGUGUAAAUUCUUCUCCUUUUAAUUAUUAUAGAUGCAUAUUCAGCAAGAGCGUGAGAGGAGGAAAAAAAAAAGCACAUAUUUAAUGUGCUGCAAUAAUAUUAGAUAUACAUCGUAAAGAACACUUAACAAAAUCACCAUAAAGAAUAUAUGAUUAUAAUGAUUGAAAGAAGGCACACCAUUUUAUUCA